CCAUAUGAGACACGCUGACACCUGACAUCUCACGGCAUAGAUCGUGCGGUUCGUGACACUUUACACUUAACCUACACAUGACUACAUGACUCGUGACUAAAAACAAAAGGAAGAACAAAAAAAAAAAAACCUAAAGACGUAAUAAAUCCGUCCUUUAAUUGUCCUUUUACAUUUUGUCAGAAGAAAUAACACACCUUUUUGCAGCAAACUAAAUUAGUGGUGGAUAUAGGCAUAGUGGUGCCAUUGUCCAAAUCACACUUUCUCUCUCCUCCUUAUACCUCGGCUCCACCACUUCCCCCCACCAAUUUUCUCUCUCCUCUCUCAAAUCAAAUUCAAUCUUUACGUUACAUUUUCCCCGCCAUUCUCUCUCUUCCUCAGUUACCAGUUACAGUUCAUCAAUGGCGGAAGAUCACAUCCCUAACCCUAGCUCAACCUGCGUCGUCAUCGGCGGCCAAACCUUCGUCGGCCGAUUCCUCGUUUUACGCCUCUUGAAGCUCGGUAAUUGGAUCGUUAGAAUCGCCGAUUCUUCUCCGAGUCUCAAUGUUGAGCAGAAUUCUCUCGUUUCUGACGCUGUUGCUGAUGGUCGUGUUUCGUAUUUUCAAGUUGAUGUUCGUGAUAAAUCUCAGCUUGUUCGAGCUGUUGAUGGUUCGUCCGUUAUUUUCGUUGCUGAAACUUCUGGUGUAUCCCAAUGUAAUCUUUACGAAAGCUACAUGUUUAUUGUUCAAGGUGCCAAAAAUGUCAUCAAUGCUUGUCGAGAGUGUAAAGUCAAACGACUAAUAUACAACAGUUCUGCUGAUGUUGUUUUUGACGGUUCUCAUCAUAUUAGAAAAGGGGAUGAAUCCAUGCCCUACCCGUGGAAAUAUACAGACAUGUUAAUGGAAAUGAAGGCUCAAGCAGAAGCGCUUGUUUUGUAUGCUAACAACCAUGAUGAUCUAUUGACCUGUGUUCUCCGUCCCAGCAAUAUCUUUGGACCAUCAGAUACUCAUCUGGUGCAUGCUAUGGUGAAUCAAGCAAAUUCUGUCUGGGCAAAGUUUGUUUUAGGCAGUGGUGACAAUCUCUCCGACUUCACCUAUGUUGAGAAUGUGGCCCAUGCUCAUAUAUGUGCUGCAGAAGCUCUUAUUUCUCGAAAAAAUUCUGUGGCUGGAAAGGCAUUUUUUAUCACAAAUCUCGAGCCAAGGAACUAUUGGGAGUUUGUAUCUCGGAUAUAUGAAGGUUUGGGAUAUAAAAGGCCAAGCAUUCGAGUUCCUCCUAAGAUUGUCAAUUUUUUGCUUCCGCUUUUGAGGUGGACAAGUUACAAACUGGAAUCUGAAUCUGAUGUCAAAGGCCUCUUAGUGUCAGUUCAGUUUGCUAUUGAAUCAUCACUGUUUACCAGAACUUUUAAUUGUUCUGCAGCUAAAGAGCACAUCAAUUACUCACCUGUUGUUCCUUUGGAAGAAGGUAUUGCUUUGACUGUCAAGUCAUUUUCUCAUUUGGCUAAAAGCUCGUUACCCUCUAAACAACACCAGUUUAAGGAUUAUUCAAAAGCAGAAGAAAUUCUGGGAUAUGGGAAAGUUGCUGACAUAUUGCUUUGGAGGGACGAGAUGGAAACAUUUACAUGCUUUCUUAUUACGUGUGGAUUGUUCUACUGGUUUUUACUCAGUGGACGAACAUUCAUCUCAUCUACUGCUGGGCUCCUAUUGCUGGCCAUGUUUUUUCUCAUUGUAGAUAGCAUUCUUCCAGUUAACAUCUUCAAGAAGAUAUCUAUCCCUUGUUUAGCAAUCUCAGAGCCAACAAUGAGAAACAUGCUUGACAAUGUAGCACUUAUUUGGAAUGAAGGGGUUCAAUUUGCUAAAACUUUGGCACAUGGAGAGGAUUGGAGCUUAUUCAUAAAGGCAGCAGUUAUUCUGUGUUUUUUCAAGUGGAUCUCACAUUCAUUGACCUUUUUAUUAGGAUCAGUGCUCGUGUUUGCGUUCACGUCAUUCUUUAUCUAUGAGCAAUAUGAUGAUGAACUUGAUCAGUUUUUUAGGGUGGUUGUCAUUGUUGCAAAGAGUUUAUUGACAUUGUUGCUAAGAAGUCUUCCUCCGUCCAUUAUCUCAAUCCUUUCUGCUGACGAUGAUUUGACUGAAGAACAAAAGCAACCUGUUGUGAAGUAAAGAUAGUAGAUUUCUUUAACUCCAUGUAUACACUCACCAUGUGAUCUGAUAAUCUUAGAUCAUCAGAAGAGGCAAGCCAUGAAAAUCGUGAUUCUGAGUCGUAUGAGGCACAUAAAUUUGUUUGAGGGGGAUGUCUCUGAAUUUGGCUGUCAGUAAGUUGCUUCAAUCCACUUUUACUGUGGUUAUACAUAUAAUAAGUCUGAUGCUGUUUCCUGUGAGUGCCUUGCUCCUGCUAAUCGCGGCAACACAUCCUUGUCGGUCAAAUAUUUUGUGUGUAUUAGAUGAUGUAUAUCCGUGGUUUGUACCAUGUGAUUAACAUCAGAACCAUUUAGCUUACUAUGGAAUGUUAUUUGAGCAAGUAACUGCAGUGAAAAUUCUGAGAAUUUUGUACAGACUUUAUCUAAAGUGAUCAUGAGCUUUUCUUUUUCUUUGGUGC